UGAUUAUUGUGUAGUCCUCUCACCCUUAAAGAUGGUGAAGCUGGAUAUUCAUACUCUGGCUCAUCACCUCAAGCAGGAACGACUCUAUGUAAAUUCAGAAAAGCAACUUAUUCAGAGAUUAAAUGCAGAUGUAUUGAAGACAGCCGAGAAACUCUACCGCACAGCAUGGAUUUCCAAACAGCAAAGGAUUAACUUGGACAGACUUAUCAUAACAAGUGCUGAAGCUUCUCCUGCUGAGUGCUGCCAGCAUGCCAAAGUCUUGGAGGACACACAGUUCAUUGAUGGCUACAAGCAGUUGGGAUUUCAAGAGACCGCUUACGGAGAAUUCCUCAACAGGUUGAGAGAGAACCCUAGGCUUAUUGCUUCCUCUCUGGUUGCUGGAGAGAAACUCAGCCAGGACAACACACAAAGUGUUAUUCACACAGUGUUUACCUCCAUCUAUGGUAAUUGCAUCAUGCAGGAAGAUGAAAGCUACCUCCUUCAAGUUUUGCGAUACUUAAUAGAAUUUGAACUGAAGGAAAGCGACAACCCCAGACGGCUUUUGAGGAGAGGCACCUGUGCAUUCAGCAUUUUAUUCAAACUUUUUUCUGAAGGACUCUUCUCUGCAAAACUCUUUCUCACUGCAACAUUGCAUGAACCAAUCAUGCAGCUGCUGGUGGAAGAUGAAGACCACCUAGAAACUGAUGCAAACAAGCUGAUUGAAAGAUUCUCUCCUGCACAACAGGAAAAACUCUUUGGGGAGAAAGGCACAGAAAGGUUUAAACACAAAGUUCAAGAAAUGGUGGAUUCCAAUGAAGCUAAGUUAGUGGCUUUGGUGAACAAAUUCAUUGGUUAUCUUAAGCAGAACACAUACUGCUUUCCACAUAGCUUGAGAUGGAUUGUAUCACAAAUGUACAAAACUCUCUCCUGUGUAGACAGGCUGGAGAUUGGGGAGGUGCGAGCAAUGUGCACGGAUCUUCUGCUCGCAUGUUUCAUUUGUCCUGCAGUUGUCAACCCAGAACAGUAUGGAAUAAUUUCAGAUGCUCCAAUAAACGAGGUUGCAAGAUUUAAUCUGAUGCAGGUCGGGAGACUUUUGCAGCAGUUGGCAAUGACAGGUUCUGAAGAGGGAGAUCCACACAUGAAGAGCAACCUUGGCAAAUUUGACAAAAACUGUGUUGCUGCUUUCCUGGAUGUUGUUAUCAGUGGGCGUGCUGUGGAAACCCCUCCGAUGUCCUCAGUUAACCUUCUAGAAGGGUUGAGUAGGACUGUGGUUUAUAUGACAUACAGCCAACUUCUUAAUUUGGUUGGUUUUAUGCGAAAUGUAAUGUCGAGUGACCAGUUGAAGGAAGAUCGGAUGGCUCUGGAAAACCUGUUGGCAAAUUUACCCCAGAACAAACCUGGAAAAAGUGGCAGCCUUGAAAUUACUCCUUACAGUACUCCACAACUCUCCCCUGCAACUACCCCAGCCAACAAAAAAAAUCGAUUGCCUAUAGCUCCCCGUAGCAGAAGUAGAUCAAAUAUUCAAAUGGACCAGCAUGGAGACCAUGAAGGAUCCUCCCAGGAUUCGAUACAGGAAAUUCAGCCAGAAGAAGUACUGGUUAUUUCUUUGGGAACAGGUCCACAGCUCACCCCUGGUAUGAUGUCAGAAAAUGAGGUCUUAAAUAUGCAGCUUGCCGAUGGAGGACAAGGCGAUGUCCCUGUUGAUGAAACCAAACUCCAUGGUAAACCUGAUAAAACCUUGCGCUUUUCCCUCUGCAGUGAUAAUCUGGAAGGAAUAUCUGAAGGUCCUUCAAAUCGCUCCAAUUCUGUGUCCUCUUUGGAUUUAGAAGGAGAGUCUGUGUCAGAGCUUGGCGCAGGGCCUUCUGGGAGCAAUGGUGUUGAAGCCUUGCAGCUAUUGGAACAUGAACAAGCCACGACUCAGGAUAAUCUUGAUGACAAGCUCCGUAAAUUUGAAAUCCGUGAUAUGAUGGGAUUGACUGAUGAUAGGGACAUAUCAGAAACUGUUAGCGAGACCUGGAGCACAGAUGUCUUGGGCAGUGACUUUGAUCCAAAUAUUGAUGAAGACCGUUUGCAAGAAAUUGCAGGUGCAGCUGCAGAGAACAUGCUUGGCAGCUUGCUGUGUUUGCCAGGUUCAGGAUCUGUGCUGCUUGAUCCCUGCACAGGGUCAACUAUAUCAGAAACCACCAGUGAAGCUUGGAGUGUAGAGGUAUUGCCCAGUGAUUCAGAGGCCCCAGAUCUAAAGCAGGAGGAAAGACUACAAGAGCUGGAAAGCUGUUCCGGGCUGGGCAGCACCUCUGAUGACACAGAUGUGAGGGAGGUCAGUUCUCGUCCCAGUACACCAGGCCUCAGCGUUGUGUCAGGCAUUAGUGCAACCUCUGAGGAUAUUCCUAAUAAGAUCGAGGACCUUAGGUCUGAAUGUAGCUCUGACUUUGGAGGUAAAGAUUCUGUGACAAGUCCUGAUAUGGAUGAAACAGCUCAUGGAGCCAGUCACUUGACUUCUCCCCCUUCUCAAUCGGACUCUUUGCUUGCAUUGUUUGACCCUUUGUCAUCACACGAAGGUGCAUCAGCAGUGGUUAGGCCUAAAGUGCACUAUGCAAGACCUGCUCAUCCACCACCAGAUCCCCCAAUUCUAGAAGGAGCUAUGGGAAAUAAUGAGGCCAGAUACCCAAAUUUUGGCUCCCACAUCUUAAUCCCAGCUGACUUGGAGGCAUUCAAACAAAGGCAUUCCUACCCAGAAAGACUGGUCCGCAGCAGAAGCUCUGACAUAGUGUCAUCAGUUCGGAGACCUAUGAGCGACCCUGGCUGGAACAGGCGGCCUGGUAAUGAAGAAAGGGAGCUUCCUUCACAAAUACCCAACAUUGGAGUAGCUGCUUCAGGGGCUGCGCCUCAAUCCUCAUCCUCAUCCCCCAGUAAAGACUCCUCUAGAGGAGAGAUGGAGGAACGAAAAGAUAGUGAUGAUGAGAAAUCUGACAGAAACAGACCCUGGUGGAGGAAGCGUUUCGUUUCUGCUAUGCCCAAAGCUCCUAUACCAUUUAGAAAAAAAGAAAAGCAAGAAAAAGACAAAGAUGACUUGCUGCCAGACAGGUUCUCAGCACUUCAAGAUGAUCCCAGUCCCAGACUAAGUGCACAGGCACAGGCUGCCGAAGAUAUCCUGGACAAAUAUAGGAAUGCUAUUAAGCGAACCAGCCCAAGUGAAGGAGCUAUAGUAAAUUAUGAAAGCUCAGACGUAAUUGGAGAUGGCGAAAGCAUACAUGACUCUCCACGUGAUGAAGCCCUGCAGAAUAUGUCAGCAGAUGACCUUCCAGAUUCUGCAAGUCAAGUAGCACAGCCCCAAGACUCUGCUUUCUCUUACAGGGAUGCUAAGAAGAAACUGAGACUGGCUCUUUGUUCAGCAGAUUCUGUUGCCUUCCCAAUGUUGAGCCAUUCAACAAGAAAUGGGCUUCCUGAUCACACUGACCCUGAAGACAACGAAAUUGUGUGCUUCUUGAAAGUUCAGUUAGCUGAAGCCAUUAACCUACAAGAUAAGAACUUGAUGGCCCAACUGCAGGAGACAAUGCGCUGUGUAAGCCGCUUUGAUAACAGGACAUGUCGAAAGCUGCUGGCUUCCAUUGCAGAGGAUUAUAGGAAAAGAGCUCCCUAUAUUGCUUACUUAACUCGGUGUCGCCAAGGCCUGCAGACCACACAAGCCCAUCUGGAAAGGCUCCUGCAAAGGGUUCUGCGUGAUAAGGAAGUGGCCAACAGAUAUUUCACCACGGUUUGUGUGAGGUUACUUCUGGAAAGCAAAGAAAAAAAGAUAAGAGAAUUUAUUCAAGACUUCCAGAGGCUCACUGCCGCAGAUGAUAAAACAGCCCAAGUGGAAGACUUCCUUCAGUUUCUGUAUGGGGCCAUGGCCCAGGAUGUCAUCUGGCAAAAUGCCAGCGAAGAACAGCUCCAGGAUGCACAGCUAGCCAUAGAACGCAGCGUAAUGAAUCGCAUUUUCAAACUCUCCUUCUACCCCAAUCAGGACGGAGACAUUUUGCGUGACCAGGUCCUUCACGAGCAUAUUCAGAGGUUGUCUAAAGUAGUGACUGCGAACCACCGAGCACUUCAGAUACCAGAGGUGUAUCUCCGGGAGGCACCAUGGCCAUCUGCCCAGUCUGAAAUCCGCACAAUUAGUGCUUACAAAACCCCACGAGACAAAGUGCAGUGCAUUCUGCGCAUGUGCUCAACCAUCAUGAACCUGCUGAGUUUGGCCAAUGAAGAUUCAGUUCCUGGCGCAGACGACUUUGUUCCUGUUUUGGUAUUUGUUCUGAUAAAGGCGAACCCACCCUGCCUGUUGUCCACCGUUCAGUACAUUAGUAGCUUCUAUGCUAACUGCUUAUCUGGAGAAGAAUCUUACUGGUGGAUGCAGUUCACCGCAGCAGUUGAAUUCAUUAAAACCAUCGAUGAUCGCAAGUGACCCAAAAGAGCACCUUUGUAGACAGACUGUUAGCAGCAAAGAGCCUGUAAGAAUGUAUAUCCACUAUUUCAAAGGCUAAAGAAGACACACUUUCCUUGUAUAAUAUUGUACAGAGUGGAAGCAUCUAAAAACCUUUACUAAUCAGAUUAAUUAAUUUAACAACGUUUUCUUUCUCUGUUUUGGUUGCAUCUUUCCCUCCCACCUGAUAGAGAUUAGCAAGGGAAAAAGGGACCACACUUUUCAGGUAUUUGUGGGUUCUCAAAAUGGUUUAGGAAUCUGUUUGCUGCCACCGCCCCUUUGACACAGACACUAUUUUCUCCCUAGACUUCUGUUAAUGUAAAUUCAUUCAUUUUCUUUGUUUCUAACCAAAAAGAUCAUGGCAAGCACUUUUCAGAGCCUUUCUAGCUAAUACACUUUUUUUAAGAGAACACCAGUUGCACUGAAAGUUUGUAGCAGUUGACCUAGUUAUAAAUUGUACUUCACCUAUGGUAAAAUGAAAAUCUGAGGACAAUGUAAAUAUAUUAUAUACUAUUUAAUAAACUUCAGUCAUCUUUGGACUCAUUAUCCUUUCAACCAGCAAAGAAGAAGUUUCUCUUUCCUACAGCAGGUUAUAACAUACUGUAUAGGGUAAUGAGAAUGACUUCCUUAAUAGGACAAGUUUAAAAAGGGUGAACCUAAGUAUUUAUUAAAAUUUAAUAAAGUUUACAGAACUUUCUGAAACUGGAAUUUACAAUUCACAGGGCUCUCACUAGAAAAUUUUUAAAAUUUUUGGCUCUGGAAUUAGAGCGUUUUAAAUAGUUUGGAUUUAUAGAGGAGAGGGACUGUAAAUUUCAAUAGAUAAGUUCUAAUAUAAAAAGGAAUAGUACAUACCUUAUUGUAAUAUUUUCUUCUGAAAUACUGUGUAUACUGUACAAACCCCAAACAGAAUACCUUACAGAACCUUAAACUGUAAUAUAUAUUUUGAUUAUUCACAUUAAAUACACAUGCCAGGGGUUUCAGUGAAUGUUUUUUACUAUGUGUUCUUUGUAUUGUCGUCUCUAGUAGUACAGGUUUUACUAUUCAUAUAAAAUCUUUUAAAAUGCCACAUUGUCCUUUAUAAAACCCAUCAUGAAAUCAGUUCAGGGAGUCUUUGCAGAUUUGUCUCUUCCCUUUCCCUUUCCAAAUUGACAAUUAGGCAAAGAUCAGAUAGACUGAAAUAGUAGAGUUCCUAUAGAUGGCCCAAGCCAUUGCUUAUGCACAUGAGUGGGCACUGCCGUUUUCACUGUACAUCCAUCUAAAAAAGGAUUUUCAUCCAUUUCUUUUGCCAGAGGCACGCUGCCAGCAUUACUCCUUGCUCUUGCUUCCUCCUCCAGUGCACAUCACUUUGCUGGCAGUGAGGUGAGCCAGAUUUGCUGGCUUUGAGGGGUAAAAGAAAUGACACGAUCUGCAUCCCUUCUUUAGGCAGAAGAGUAGAUGAUGGGUUGGAUAUCUUUGGUACUUGAAAAGGCCAACACGCCACAUGCUAGAAGCUAUGCGAGCUGUUAAAAAAGGGAGUCUCUAAAAAUCUAAGUAACUACUAUGUCUGAGUCAUUAACUGAAAUUAGAACAAUCUAUGUACAGUAUUAAGUGCUUGAGAUGUGAUUGUAUUACCCGUCUAGGCAUAAUUCAGUGAAAGACACUUGUUUUCAAGAACUUAAUAAUGUGUAAUUCAAUAUAUCAUUUUUAUCAUGUUAAAUAAAUCAUGGGGAAUCAAGUGGAGUGGGGUUUUUUAAGUUUUGUUUAUAGUCUUUCUCCUCUAUUAUAGACUUGCAGGGUACAGCAAUACUUUCUAGUAGCAAUGGGGAGUUGCUGUAGUUUACCUUACUGUGAUCUUGAGUCUGAAUGGCACUGUAAUACUCUAGUUGUGUAGCCGUCAUGUUUUUUUGGUGCUAGUAUAUUGCAUUCAUAGCCCUGACCAAUAACAUUCAGCAGUGAAGCAGAAUACUGCCCUUCAGGAGAUAGCUAGAAUUACAUUUGAAAGCAGUGCAAAUGUAUUAUACCACGAUUCAGAAGGAUUCUGUUGUCAAAUGAUCACCGAGAAUUUGCUGUGUUAAUAUCAAAGUACUGACAUCCCCUUCAUUCUGCAAUUUUCGGUGUUAGUGACUGAGAGUAUUUGGUCUCUAAAACCUGUCGUAUUCUAAACUAUUUUCUUACAUGUAUCAUUCAGCACACAGCUCUCUAAAGGGGAGCAGAUUGAGUAGUCAGUGGUUAUCCUGCAACUGACCUUUUUAUUAUGAGCAGUCUGGAUACAAAGGAGUUGAUCAGGUCUUCAGGAUUUAUUCUCUUUACUGGAAGGUUUUUCACCUGGCAAAAACCAUUUUCUUUACAUUUGUAUCACUUCACUGCUUUUCUGUAUCAAAAAGCUACUGAAGAACUUGAACAAUUUUUUAAAUAAAGUUCUAUAAAUAUUUGCCUUUUUAAAAUAAGCCCCAAUAUAGAUGAGACUCUUCACAGCAGGAUGGUCCAUUGCUUCUUUUUUAACCUGCUAUAAAAGCCUUUUAUACGAUGUAAUAAAUGUAGUAAAAGAAAUAGGCUUUCCAAAGAAUUAGGAAUCGUAUUGUAAUGUGCGUGUCUCUUUGUUUUCUCCUAGUGUCCUGAUUUUGUUUUGAAAUGUUAAAUUAUGUGUACAGGAAGAUGACCUUAAGUUUUCUGUUGUGCAAUAAGUAAGAAAGUAAAGUCGGGAAGCACAUUAAGGACCAAACAGUAAAAACUGUUUUGCCAAAAGUCUCCAGCCAGCCAUGCAUGCACAUCGCAUUGCAUCAGUACUCCUGUAUCGAGUGCGGCUGAAGUAAUUCUGAUGGUGAACUGGAAAAUGUUCUGGGCGGUGUGUGUGGAGGGGUGGGGUGGGGUGUUAAUAGUGAUCACAUAUGCAGACUCAAGGCCUGGUUAUUGAAGUCAAGGCAGCUGUCUGCAUGAGUAAGGAGUACUCACCUGUCUGAUUUGUAUAUGAUUGGGCCCAUACAUGUUACAAAGGCAUUGUUUUCCUCUGCUGGGAUGGGGAGCAGGAGGGAAGAGGUUCGGUUCUUUCAUUGAGGGGGGGGAAAUCCCCUUUUGCUUCUAGCCCUGAAUUUUCUUUUUUUAAAGCUUGUUCUUCAAGAAAAAUCGCAAUGUAUGGCCUGGUCUUGUGCUACCAAAUAUUGAAUGUAACUGCCAUGAAUUAUAGGAAGAAGUCACACACACAGUCACCUUUACUGUAGGUGAGUCUGUGGUGAGCACCAUGUGUUGGAUCAGAUGGUUUAUUUGAAAAUGUUCGUCUCAAGCCAAAUUCUAGCAGAAAUUUGCAAUUUCAUUGCCAUGUUAAUAAUGCUGAAUAGUUUUUUGAGGGACAUUAGUAGGCUAAGAAAGGGGAAGCAGUCAAGAGCAGUCCUCAGAGCUGCAUGAAAGUGAAGCAUAUUUGUCUAACGUCUAAUAAUUGAUGUGGCCAAGCUCAUUAUAUGUAUUAGCUGCCUUAGGCUAGCUAUUUGGCAGGAGACCUGGAGCAGCAGAACAUAGUGGGCUGUAGGAAGAGGGAGGUAGUCCUUGAUUUGGGUAACAGCUGAUAGCUUGGUUGAGCCUGUACUACUGGAGAAUUAAUCUCUGCGGAGUUACUAUUGUGUGUUCUGUACCUUUAAUUGUGCUUCACCUCUAUUUAAAAGCUUUGUACUGCCUCUUUCAAACUGGUAAAGCCUUUAAAAAUUUAAAUUAAUGAGCUUGCACAAUCUUGUAUACAGGAAACCCAUCUUGUCUCUACUGUGAUUAUUAAUGUAUUAUAUCAUUCUGUAAAAACUGAUUAAAAAGGAGAACA